AUGCGUAAGAUUAGAAAAUGUAUUACUGAAGAUGCAGCAAAAAUAAUGGUACACAGUAUGAUUACAUCAAGGCUUGACUAUUGUAAUGCUAUCCUAUAUGGGUUACCAAAUUGUGACUUGGACAGGUUAUAUAGUGUGCAAAAGCUGGCUGCACGAUUAAUCACAGGAACAAGAAAGUACGACCAUAUUACACCGAUAUUGGAAAGACUCCACUGGUUACCAGUGAAAAAGAGAAUAGAGUACAAAAUUCUGUUACUUGUGUUUAAAUGUCUCCAAGGAACUGCACCAGAGUACUUAUCUGAACUGUUAAAAAAGCGUGAAAACAAAGGCACUAGAGCAGAUGACAAAAACCUUUUGGUUAUCCCUAGGUUUAAGAAGGUUACCCAAGGUGGACGAUGUUUUGGAAGAUCUGGCCCAACACUAUGGAACAAUUUACCAGACAGCUUGAGACUUGAGACGAGUUUUAGCAUUUUUAAAAGACGUUUAAAAACGCACUUUUUUGAACUUUCUUAUAA